AUGGAAGAAAAAGCUUGUGAAAAGUGUUAUGAAAAUUUAACAGGUGGUGAAAGAACUAAUAAUCAAGAUUCGCGUACUAAUUUAUUGAACGAUUGUCAAAAUUCAAAUGAAACUAUCGAUACCACAAAUGAUAAAAGUGAAAUUACGGUAUUGGCGAACAACUUAGAUAAAGCUCUAACUGUUAACCACAACGAUAAAAAUUUACCUAAUGGAUUAUCAUAUGAUUCUGUUGAAAAUAAUGAAAUAGAAUAUGUUUCCUACAGAUCAGAACUUCAAAUGCCGGACAUUAUGAGACUAAUACAAAAAGAUUUAUCAGAACCUUAUUCUAUUUAUACUUAUAGGUAUUUUAUUCACAAUUGGCCAAAAUUAUGUUUUUUGGCUGUACACGAAGGAGAGUGUGUUGGAGCUGUUGUUUGCAAAUUAGAUAUUCACAGAAAAUUGGUAAGACGUGGAUACAUUGCAAUGUUGGCAGUUGAUCAAAAAUAUCGUAAAAGAAAAAUUGGAUCUAAUUUAGUUUUGAAAGCUAUCAGAGCAAUGUCUGCUGAUAAUGCUGAUGAGGUUGUUUUGGAAACUGAAAUAACAAAUCGCCCAGCUUUAAAAUUAUAUGAAAACUUAGGAUUCGUCAGAGACAAACGACUUUUUAGGUAUUAUUUAAACGGAGUUGAUGCACUUAGACUUAAACUAUGGUUAAAAUAA